AUGUCACAGCCCGCGGAUUCACUCAAGCCCAAACCAGAGGCCCCUGGUGUUGGCAGCUCUUCUGGUGGAGCUUCUGCACCUGAUGCCGACUACCUUUCAGCUGCCGAUGCCCAACAAUAUGCAGACAUGACAUCUCAGCCUACGUCGCCAGGUUAUCCCUACAGCGUCCUGUCAAGAACCACGUCCAAUGGAAGCUACAGCGAGAUGGACGACGAAGGCUUCCCCCCUCUCGACCGCCUUACCAUGUUCGACAUCAUCGAGAAUCUUGCCUUGCCUCAAAGACUGGAGCGCUUCCAGAAUUCCAUCACUGCUCAAACAGACAAGGUCCGUCGACAACAGCAAAAGAUCCGGAUGUCUAGUAUCACAGCCAAGGACAAGAUGGUCGAAGAGUGGAGGCGUCGAGUCCCUACUCCUGAUGAGCAGCUGGAUAAGUACAAGAGACGUAUGAGAGAUAACGUCGACCGUCUGGGCAAGAGGUGGAACGAUGCAAAGGCUGUCACGCUGCGUGAGAAGAUCUCGUUCAUCACUGGUGUUCUCAACAUCUUCAUCUCUGGCUAUCUCAUCGGUGCCUAUCCUGAGUACUUCCACAUCUGGUACACCGCUCAACUGGCCUUCUUUAUGCCUAUCCGCUACUACAAGUACCACAAGAUUGGCUACCACUACUUCCUCGCCGACUUGUGCUACUUUGUCAACCUGCUCAUGCUUCUGACCAUGUGGUUCUUCCCCGGUAGCAAAAGGUUGUUUAUCAGCACCUACUGUCUAGCUAUGGGUAACAAUGCUAUUGCCAUUGCUAUGUGGCGCAACUCGCUAGUCUUCCACUCCUUGGAUAAGGUCACUAGUCUAUUUAUUCACAUCAUGCCAUGCGCGACCCUACAUUGUCUGGUCCAUCUGAUUCCGCAGGAACUGCAAAAGGAGAAAUUCCCCGCCAUCUACAGCAUCAGACACUCGUCUCCAACCUCCCCAGAACACUACACUCUGUGGGGCAUGAUCGUUUGGGCCACUGUUCCUUACGCUUGCUGGCAGCUGAGCUACCACUUCAUGAUCACUGUCAGGAGAAGAGAGAAGAUUGCUGCUGGACGCCCAACCUCUUUCACCUGGCUUCGCAAGUCUUACGCAAAGAAUUUCCUCGGCAAGCUCGUGCUUUCGCUGCCUGAGGUUCUGCAAGGGCCUGCAUUCAUGCUCAUCCAGUAUUUUUAUGCCCUUAUCACCAUGGUACCCUGCCCCUUGUGGUUUUGGUACCGCUGGGCCAGUGCCUCUUUCCUCAUGGUCGUCUUCACCUGGGCCACCUACAACGGUGCUACCUUCUACAUUGAUGUGUUCGGUCGCCGCAUGGAGAAAGAGUUUGAAGCUCUCAAGAAGGAAGUUGCAAAGUGGCAGAAUACGCCUGAAGGCAAGCCUAUUCUGGAAGAGAGCGAUCCCGCUUUGAAGUCGGUGAAAGAUCUCUCUCUGGAUUCGCAAAAGUCUGCCCCGCACCACUCGGAGAAUGUCGAAGGCAUCGAUCCUAAGCAGGGCUCAACCUCGAGAGAAGAAGCUACCACCACCGAAGGCGUUCGACAGAGAUGA